AUCUUUCAAAUUUGGGAGAUAUAUCAAUAUGGAAGUUUGAUAUGUCUGUCAACCAUUGAUCAUUCACCGUCACCGGCUGCCAUUGUCACCGCCAACUACUCCCGUUGCUCCUCAUUAUCACUAAUUAAAUCAUUAUUUUGAAUCUCAGCAAACAGUUUCGUUUUAGAUUUCAAAACACAUAUUACUUCUUCCGGAUUUCAUAACUCAUACAUUGUCAUACCUCCAAAACUUACCAAAGGGUAAAGUUUAAAAUGUCAAACGGAAAUGAAGAUUUGAGAAGGUUGGGAACUUGGGACAUGUGAUGCGCCUCCGGAAUCCCGAUUGUGUGGGCGCUUCAAAACGGGUUUGGGCAAUCAGGGGGCAUUCGGGUCGGGCAGUGGUGACAGGAUACUGUAACGCUCUCCCACAAUUUGAAAACUAUCCGUUGCACAGCAAAGCAAAGAUCUCCCAUUUUCCAAAACAUGUAUAUGCUCACCUCUUAACCCUAUUCUUGGCCUCCUUAAACUCUCUCCCUCUCUCUCGUCUCCCAUUCAACUCUCUCGCGCUUCAAGAUUUCAAUUUCUUCGCUAUCUUCUCGGCUGCAUUUGGUCUCCUACCUCUGAAACUCGUCAAAUUCAUCGCCAAUUCCUACGACUGCAAUCCACUCAUGGAAGAAACACUGCCGAACGGCGCUUUGUUGGAUGCCAGUUGUGGUUCAAAUGACACCACAGAGAAAUCAUGUCAAGAGCAAACUCUCCCUAUUUUUCAGAAAAUUGAAGAUCUGGCUGCUAAAGUACACGAUUUGAGAAAAAAACAUGCGGCUCUGAGUGAUGAAGUGAAGAGUAUCACUCCAGAUUCUUUCCCUGGUUCUGAAGCUAUCUGCGCUCUUCGGGAUCUUGGCAUGCAACAUGAACUCCUUAAAAGGAAAUUUGAAGAAGAGCGUGACCUUCUGAAGAAAAGAUACCUUGAUGAGUGCACUGAGAAAAAACGUCUCUACAAUGAAGUGAUUGAGUUGAAAGGCAAUAUACGAGUUUUCUGCAGAUGCAGACCACUAAAUCCUGAUGAAGUUGCGAAUGGUUCAUCAUCUGUGGUUGACUUUGAUUUGUCUCAUGAAAAUGAGAUACAAAUUGUCUCCUCUGAUUCUUCUAGAAAACAGUUUAGGUUUGAUCACGUUUUCAAACCAGAUGAUGGCCAAGAGGCCGUUUUUGUUGAAACCAUGCCAAUGGUAACCUCUGUGUUGGAUGGUUAUAAUGUAUGCAUUUUUGCCUAUGGACAAACGGGAACUGGCAAGACCUUCACAAUGGAAGGAACACCUGAAAACAGGGGAGUCAACUAUCGAACAUUGGAGAAAUUAUUCAGCUCAUCUAGUGAGAGAAGCAGUAUCAUCAAAUACGAGUUGUUUGUCAGCAUGUUAGAGGUGUACAAUGAUAAGAUAAGGGACCUUCUCAUAGAGAACUCCAACCAACCCACCAAGAAGCUGGAAGUGAAGCAAUCUGCCGAAGGUACCCAAGAAGUUCCAGGACUUGUUGAAGCACGCGUGUAUGGAACAGAUGAAGUAUGGGAACUCCUCCAGUCUGGUAGUCGAGCUAGAUCGGUUGGAUCAACUAAUGCUAAUGAACUUAGCAGUCGCUCUCACUGCUUGUUGCGAGUGACCGUCAUUGGGGAGAAUUUAAUAAAUGGACAGAGGACGAGGAGCCAUCUCUGGUUAGUAGACUUGGCAGGAAGUGAGAGGGUUGGGAGGAUUGAAGUUGAAGGUGAAAGGUUGAAGGAGUCUCAAUUUAUAAACAAGUCCUUAUCUGCACUUGGUGAUGUAAUUUCUGCACUUGCAGCAAAGACAGCUCAUGUUCCAUAUAGGAACUCAAAACUCACACAUAUACUGCAGAGUUCUCUAGGAGGAGAUUGCAAGACCUUGAUGUUUGUUCAAAUAAGUCCAUGUGCAGCUGACUUGGGGGAAACCCUCUGCUCAUUGAACUUUGCAAGCCGUGUUAGAGGAGUUGAGCACGGUCCUGCUCGAAGACAAACCGAUUUCACUGAACUCAACAAGUACAAACAAAUGGCAGAAAAAAGCAAGCAUGAUGAGAAAGAAAUGAAGAAAUUGCAAGACAGCGUGCAGUCUUUGCAAUUGCGACUUGCUGCUCGAGAACAUAUAAGCAGAAAUCUUCAAGAGAAGGUUCGCGAUCUUGAGAAUAAACUAGCAGAGGAAAGGAAGAUGAGGCUAAAGCAGGAAAAUAGGGCUUUGGCUGUUGCUUCUAAUCAGCCUUCUUCGGCAGCGUUACCUCCAUAUUCUAGAAAGAUGACGGCGCCAACAGAAAGUAAACCACCACUGGUUCCAAUAAGAUCAAGAUUCCCACUUCAAAAAAUCACCAACUUAGUGCCCCAACAAUCAUCCAUCCCCCAUCAAAGAGCCCGAAGCUUGUUCCUUCCAACAGUUCACGAAGCCAAAGAAAAUGCCUUAAUAGCUCACAAAACAAAAGCUGGUUUAAAAGCAAGGCGGGGUUCCCUUGCUGUCAAACCUUCUCCACCUCAAACCAGAAACCUGCAGGUUAAACAACCACUGCGAAGAGCUUCAAUGGCAACCCUGCGCCCAGAACCAAACAUGAUAACUCCUGUUAAGAGCUCCUCCAUUGCUCGCCCUGGGAAUAAAGAUUACCCUUCAAUGGGUCGGCAGUCCUUCGUCUGGGACCCACAGAGAGUCUGGCGCAGAUCAAGGGUCCCCUCGCCACAAAUGAAAGAGGAGAGACAUGGUGCUUUGGUGGAAGCUACCCCGGUCGGCCCAAGGUGCAGCAAGUUCGUGGGGAGUCCUCCUUCCCAACAACCAGGUUCGUGGAGGCCCAAGCACCCAACAGUUGUUGCAUUGAAGAAGCAAAUCGUGUGGAGUCCUUUGAAGAAAGUCAUGCGUAGUAGUAACAGGAAAUCUUUUGUGGGCUUGUAAUAAACAUUGCCAAUCUUCACCAUUGUAGAUGUUUGUUUUUGAGGAGGACUUCAUGCUGUGUUAUGGGGCUAUGCAAUUAAUUGUUUGUGAAUGU